AUUUCAGGUACUCGGACUCCACCUUCACUUUCACCUAUGUCGGCGGCCCCAGAAGUGUAUCCUACUCGGUACAUGUAUCUGAAGAUUAUCCAGACAAUACAUAUGUGUCAAGUUCAGAAAAUGAUGAAGAUGUACUAGUUACAACAGAGCCAAUUCCAGUCAUUUUUCAUAGAAUAGCAACAGAAUUAAGAAAAACAAAUGACAUUAACUGUUGCUUAUCCAUAAAAUCCAAAUUGCAAAAGGAGAAUGGAGAGGAGUCGAGACAAAAUAGUACAGUGGAAGAAGAUUCUGAAGGGGAUAACGAUUCGGAAGAAUUCUAUUAUGGAGGCCAAGUCAACUAUGAUGGGGAGCUGCACAAGCACCCUCAGCUGGAAGCCGAUUUAUCUGCGGUGAGAGAGAUUUAUGGGCCAAAUGCAGUUUCUCUCAGGGAAUAUGGAGCCAUUGAUGAUGUCGAUAUUGAUCUGCAUAUCGAUGUGAGCUUUCUUGAUGAGGAGAUUGCUGUGGCUUGGGAAGUAAUUCGAACAGAACCUAUAAUAGUCCGACUCCACUGUUCACUCACACAAUAUUUGAACGGCCCAGUGCCCACUGUUGAUGUCUUUCAGAUUUCCACAAAAGAGCGAUUUGGACUGGGACAUCAGCUGAAAAAAAUCAUGCAGACAUUUGUUACACAGCAGUGGAAACAGAGCAAAGAAAAGUCCAGCUGCCUGCACAAUAAGAAGCUGUCAGAAAAGAAAGUGAAGUCCCCCCUGCAUUUGUUUUCUACCUUGCGCAGGUCGCCAAGUUAUCCUCCCCCUGGCUGUGGGAAAAGCAAAUCCAAACUGAAAUCUGAGCAAGAUGGCAUCUCCAAAACGCAUAAGCUGCUGCGCAGGACUUGUUCCAGCACGGUCAAGGCGGAUGACGUGUGCUCCGCCAAGUCUCAUAGGACCUUUGGUCGCUCCCUGUCCAGCGAUCCCAGAGCUGAGCAGGCGAUGACAACAAUUAAAUCGCACAAACUCUUGAGCCGUCCCUGCCCUGCUGCUGUUAAGCAAGAGGAUUGCCUCACUCUGAAGUCACAUAAACUAUUGACUCGAUCUUGCUCUGGAGACCCGAGAUGCGAGCACACCGCCAACUUGAAGCCCCACAAACUGUUAAGCAGGUCUUACUCCAGCAACCUUAGAAUGGAGGAGCUGUACGGACUGAAGAGUCACAAACUGCUCAGCAAGUCUUACUCCAGCGCCCCAAAGGCAUCCAAAACCGAGCUUUUCAAGGAACCUACUGCGGAAGGCAGGAGGCUCUCUCUUACCUCAGGGCUUAUUGGUAUCUUAACACCAUCCUCAUCUUCAUCUUCCCAGCCUGCUCCUAAUGGUGCAAAAUGCAUUCCAACACGAGACCGAGGCUUCCUUGUGCAGACAAUUGAGUUUGCCGAACAGCGGAUCCCUGUACUGAAUGAGUACUGUGUGGUUUGUGAUGAGCCACAUGUGUUUCAAAAUGGCCCCAUGCUUAGGCCUACCGUGUGUGAACGAGAGCUGUGUGUGUUUGCCUUCCAAACACUGGGAGUAAUGAACGAGGCUGCUGAUGAGAUAGCCACUGGAGCUCAGGUGGUAGAUCUACUCGUGUCCAUGUGUAGAUCUGCAUUGGAAUCUCCUAGAAAAGUUGUCAUUUUCGAGCCAUACCCUUCUGUGGUAGAUCCUAACGAUCCUCAGAUGUUGGCCUUUAAUCCCAGGAAGAAAAACUAUGAUCGAGUAAUGAAAGCACUGGAUAGCAUAACUUCCAUCAGAGAAAUGACACAGGCACCAUAUCUGGAAAUCAAGAAGCAGAUGGAUAAACAGGACCCCCUUGCACAUCCUUUACUGCAAUGGGUUAUUUCAAGUAAUAGGUCACAUAUUGUGAAACUGCCAGUCAACAGGCAAUUGAAGUUUAUGCAUACCCCCCACCAGUUCCUUCUUCUCAGCAGUCCACCAGCCAAAGAAUCCAAUUUUAGAGCUGCUAAAAAACUCUUUGGAAGCACCUUUGCAUUUCAUGGCUCACACAUUGAGAACUGGCACUCCAUCCUGAGGAACGGACUGGUUGUCGCCUCGAAUACACGUCUGCAGCUCCAUGGUGCGAUGUAUGGAAGUGGGAUCUAUCUUAGCCCGAUGUCAAGCAUAUCGUUUGGUUACUCAGGGAUGAACAAGAAGCAGAAGGUGUCAGCCAAGGACGAGCCCGCUUCAAGCAGUAAAAACAGCAGUGUAUCACAGUCACAGAAAAAAGGACAGCAAUCCCAAUUCCUGCAAAGCCGUAACUUAAAAUGCAUAGCCUUAUGUGAAGUGAUCACUUCACCCGACCUGCACAAACACGGAGAAAUCUGGGUCGUCCCAAAUACAGAUCAUGUUUGCACACGGUUCUUCUUUGUCUACGAAGAUGGCCAAGUGGGAGACGCAAAUAUUAACACGCAAGAAGGGGGCAUUCACAAAGAGAUCCUCCGAGUCAUUGGUAACCAGACCGCUACUGGUUAAAAGACCACACUGUUUAAUUAACGUGAUUCGAAAGCCUUCCUCGUGUUCAAAGCUGGAUUUUGAACUGAAGAAGAUGACAAAAUAAUUUAUUGUUAUUAUAAACAAAAUGAACCCUUUGAAUACUGAUUUUUUUUUCCUUAGCAUUUCUAACUCUCUCCUUAAAUACCUAAAAUGGUACAAAAUUUAUCAAUUGUAGGGUUAUGAAAUCUAGUAAUAAAAUUAAAACAGCACUUAAACUGAAGUUUGGGUUGCAUACACAAUAAACAGAUUGAAAAAACA